AUGGCCUUUACACACCUCUGCGGGGUCCAGGCAACCCAAAGACCCUCCACCAUCAACACCUUCCUGACCAAGGCUCAACAUGACAUCACCCUAACUGCAGCUGACACCAGAAUUUUUAUAAAGAACAUAAAAACAGGCGUGACCAUUGAUCAGUUUAAAAAUUCCCUUGAGCAGUACGGAGCCAUGCAAGUUUACUUUUACGAACCUGGAACUAAUGAUGACGGCUGGGCCUGGGUUGGAUUUGAGACUAAGGAAGCUGCCCAAAGAGUUGUCGAAGAAUCCGAAAAGGCAAGAGAGCUGGAAGAGGCAAAUAAUCAAAAUAGCGAGAAUGACGACAAUGGUGAAAACGGUGAGAAUAACGAAAAUAACCCAAAGGACGAAGAAAAUGAACGCGGAGAUUCAAACAGCUUUUACGCUGAAAAUGAUGAUGAAAAUCAACAGAACGAGGAGGAAGAUGAAGACAGCGACGAUUAUUAA